AUCCGGGAACACCACCGAAAAGUCAGGAAGGAGGCCAAAAAACGUGGUCGCAAAAAGCCCAAGACAGACACCAGUGUUCCCAGUGCUGCACCAUUUAAGGAAGAGCUUUUACGGGAGGCGGAGCAAAGAAAACAGAGGCUUGAAGAACUAAAACAAAAGCAGAAGCUCAACAGACAGAAAGAACAUGAAAAGAAGAGGAAGCUUGAAGCCAAAAAGAAUGCAGCCAAAAUUAAGGAAAAUGUAGAGGGAAAGGUAGGUGAAUCCUCUGGCAAAUUCAAAGCAAAGACUAACAAAUUUCUGGAUAAAAAUUCAAAGAAAUCAUUCUGCAGAGAGCUCGAGAAGGUGAUUGAGGCCUCAGAUGUGGUUCUAGAGGUUUUAGAUGCAAGAGAUCCAAUGGGCUGCCGGUGUCCUCAACUGGAGCAAGCUGUAACUUCCUCUGGAGGAAACAAAAAGCUACUGUUGGUUUUGAACAAAAUUGAUUUAGUGCCAAAGGAGAAUUUAGAGAAAUGGUUGAAUUAUUUGAAGAAGGAGUUGCCAACGGUUGCUUUUAAAUCAGCAACGCUGAUGCAGGACAGGACUAUGCUGACACAUGUCAAAAGAAGAAGACGUGCAAGUGUUGAUUUAUCAAGACCCACGGAAAGUUUUGGAAGCAAAUGCCUUUUGAAACUUCUUCAGGAGUAUGGCAGGACUCAAAACAAAGCCAUUCAGGUGGGGGUAGUAGGUUUCCCUAACGUGGGAAAGAGCAGCAUAAUCAACAGUCUUAAAGGAGUUCGUGCUUGCAAUGUUGGCCUAACAAGAGGUGUUACCAAGUCCAUGCAAAGUGUGCAGGUUGAUAAACAGAUGAAGAUUUUAGACAGUCCAAGUAUAAUUGCAGAUCCUUCCAACAGUGCCUUGGCUCUGGCCUUGAGAAGUAUCAUAGACACCGAAGAAUCAGGCUCAGCAGAUGUGCUUGAAGGAGUAGAUGCCAUUCUAAAUCACUGCAGUAAACAGCAGGUAAUGAUCCACUAUAAUAUCCCAGAUUUCAGGAACACUGAAGAGUUUUUAACUUUACUUGCUCAGAGAAGGGAAUCUCAGAGACCACCACCCUAUCUUACAGAAGACAAAAUAGCUGAAAUGCAGGCGGGCUUUAAUUUAAGGAGUCUAGAAGAAGAAAACAACGACACUGUUCAAGCUUUAAAAUACCGCAGCCCAGCAAGCAGCAUAAUUUUCCAGUCAGCUGGUAUGGCAAAUGGGACAAUAGAGGAAAAUAAAGGGGAGGAGGAAGCAACAGAGUGGGAAGACCCGGAAAUAAGCAAGGAGGGAGAAGAAGAGGAGGAGGAUUUCAGUGAAAGUGAUGAUGAUCAAGACAAUAUGGAAGAAGAAAAGAAUGACAAAGAGGAAAGCAAAGUUCAGGUCACCAGGCAAGCAGAGCUUGGACAACAACAAAGUCCUACAAAUUCAGAAAAGCAGAUAGCAGAAAAUGAACAUUCCAAUUCACUAACAGUCAGUUUGGAUAAGACAGCAGAGGAAGACGAUGCCUACGAUUUUAAUACAGAUUAUGUGUGA